GGCACCAUGAGCGACCAAGAGAGCACCGAGGAGAUGUCGGCUGUGAAGCCCGACAAGGGCGAAGGCGAUGCCAGCAGCACGAGCAGUGCCGGCGGUGGGGAGGCCCAGGAGUCCCAGCCGUCCCCGCUGGCCCUGCUGGCUGCCACCUGCAGCCGCAUCGAGUCUCCCAAUGAGAAUUCCAACAGCUCCCAGGGCCAGCAGGGCGGGAGCGGCGAGCUGGACCUGAACGCGGCCGCCGCCCAGCUCACCCAGUCGGCCAACGGCUGGCAGAUCAUCUCGGCGGGCUCCAGCACCCCUACGGGCUCCAAGGAGCCGGGCAGCAACGGCAGCAAUGGCAGCGAGGCCUCCAAGAGCCGCCCGGUCAGCACCGGGCCCUACGUGGUCACCUCGGCGUCCGGCCUGCAGAACCAGCAGGUGCUCACGGGCCUGCCGGGCGUCAUCCCCAACAUCCAGUACCAGGUGAUCCCCCAGUUCCAGACCAUCGACGGGCAGCAGCUGCAGUUUGCCACCACCCCAGCGCAGGUGAACGUGCAGCAGGAUGCCUCGGGGCAGCUGCAGAUCAUCCCGGGCUCCAACCAGCAGAUCAUCACGAGCCGUGCGGGCGGCAGCAACCUCAUCGCCAUGCCCAACCUGCUGCAGCAGGCCGUGCCCAUCCAGGGCGUGGGGCUGGCCAACAACAGCCUCUCUGGGCAGACCCAGUACGUGGCCAACGUGCCCGUGGCCCUGAAUGGCAACAUCACCCUGCUGCCGGUCAACAGCGUGGCCGCCAGCCUGGCCCCCACGUCCCAGACGGGCACCCUGAGCAGCUCGGGCUCGCCGGACAGCAGCUCCCAGCCGGCCACCUCGGGGGCUGCCAGCAGCUCGGGCAGCACGGCCACGUCCCAGGCCAGCUCGGGCGCCUUCUUCACCAACGCCAACAGCUACUCCACCACCACCACCACCAGUAACGUGGGCGUCAUGAAUUUCUCCACCAGUGCCACGGUGGGCACCAACGUGCAGGCACAGACCACCCCCCAGAGGGCCAGCAGCGUCCCCAGCUCGGACUCUCUGCAGAGCCCGGUGUCCGGGGUGGCCCUGCAGCCGGGGCAGCAGAAGGAGGGGGAUCAGAGUCAGCAGUCCCAGCAGCAGCAGCAGCAGAUCCUGAUCCAGCCACAGCUGGUCCAGGGAGGGCAGACAAUCCAAGCCCUGCAGACCACCCCGCUGUCUGGCCAGACCUUUGCCACUCAAGCCAUCUCCCAAGACACCUUGCAGAACCUGCAGCUCCAAGCCGUGCCCAACUCGGGCCCCAUCAUCAUCCGCACGCCCACGGUGGGUCCCAACGGGCAGGUGAGCUGGCAAACGAUCCAGCUGCAGAACCUGCAGGUGCAGAACCCCCAGGCGCAGACAAUCACGCUGGCCCCCAUGCAGGGGGUGUCGCUGGGCCAGACGGGCAGCACCAGCACCACGCUGACCCCCAUCGCCUCCCUGCCCAGCGGCACCGUCACCGUCAACGCCGCCCAGCUCUCCUCCGUGCCGGGCCUCCAGACUAUUAACCUCAGUGCCUUGGGAGCGUCCGGGAUCCAGGUGCACCAGCUGCAGGGGCUGCCCCUGGCCAUCGCCAACGCGCCCGCUCAGCCCUUUCAGUCCUUGAUCGGCGGUGAAGAAUUCCCCGCCAGCGGUGGCGGCAGCAGCGCUGGGGCCUCCUGGCCCUGUCGCCAGCCCCGAGGACGUGACGCUGGCUCUGGCGCUGUGACACGGGGACAUUUGACAAGAAAAGCCAGAGCAGGGUUCAGAGUGGUUUUUGGGGAGCCCCCAGCUCGGUGGGAUGGUCCGGGAGGCUCCUGGGAUGAAAUGGCCAGGAUGAAUGGCCAGCUGUGGCCAGGACAGCACCUGGCACCCAUCCAGUGCAGGAUUUGGCUCCAGGCUGGAGGAGUUUUUUUCUGGCCGUGUCCCUCAGACGUGGCAAAGGGUCCCUUUGUCCCCCCCAGCCCCUCUCCAGGGGGUGCUGAGCUCCCCCCGGACCCACGUCCCUCCGGAUCCGAGCUCUCCGAUGGGAAUUUGAGGGAGGGGUUUGUUCCCAACACUUCCCAAACCCCUGAGUGGAUUCCAAGCCUCCACGUGUGCUGGAACUUUCUGCUCCAGGCAAGGAGUUGGGAGGGAUUUUUGGAGCAGGAAAAGCUGCUCUGCUUCCGAGGGGAGGCAGAUGGAAAAUGAACCUUGCUGGUUUUCCUUGGAUCCUGCUGCGUGUUCCGGGCUGGUGGGGAAGGAGGAGGUGCCCAGCCAGGGGUGUGGUGGCCCAGCUGCCACCUGGGCUGGCAGCACUGCGUGUCCUGCCCCUUGCAGAGCUCAGCUGGGGGGUUCUGUGUCUCCUCCUGUGCCCCAUGGAUGGGGGGCUGUGGCCCCCAGCCCCUGUGCUCUGCUGCCAAUGAGGUUUUCUCCUCUUUUUUGGCAGGGGAAAAAUCCCUCAGGGAGAAAACAACACCUGAAAAGGUCUCUAAAACUCAGAUUUCUUUUUUUUCCCGGGUGUGAUGCAGAGCCCAGUUCUCUGUGCAGCUCUGACUCAGUGUCUGU